AACAGUGUAAACCUCAUGAACCUCAAUAGUCCCACUGUAUGUAAACUACCACACCAUAGUGCCACAUGUGGCUAUGUUUUGCUAUUUUGAUCCCACAGGCCCACAUGCACCUGUUUUGUUGGGGUAUGCAGCUCAAAACAUGACUCCACCCCUCUUCCACUUGUUCUUUUAUUCUUAUUGGCUCUCUGGGAUGUUUAUGCUAAUUACCAGCUUGCCCCCUGCACCUGACUCCCUGUGAGACAGCCCUCAAGCAUCAGCUAGACUUAUUUAAACCUGCCAUCUCUGUCUCUGGGCAUAAACAGUGAUUCUUCCCAUGCUGGCAUGCUGAAACAGGAAUCACAUCUGCUUAAAAAAGUUUCCAAAAGCGAAUCAUAGGAUAUUAAGAUGCCUCGAUCUUUCUUGGUGAAAAAACACCUCAGUCACAAGAAGCCCAACUAUGGCACGCUGGAUUCACAGAGUGGUGAUCCUCACACACAAGUGAUCCCUGUGCUGUCUUCGUGCUCCAAACUCACCUCUCCUCAUCCUGAUGAAAGUUUUCUCCCUGGUCCAUGCCUAUUGAACCAAGCCAUAAGGUCAGUGUCACAGAUGAGUUCCAUUUGUGCCGUGAUUGAACCGCAGCCUUUACAGGACUCCAGACUGCCUUCAGAAGGACACACUUACACCCUAGCCGUGAGUCAGACCCAGCUGAGAGCCUCUGAGCCUGCAGCACCUCAGCGUCAUCAUAGCGACAGAGCUUUGCCGGACAGUGUGGUGUCCAACGUUGCUGUUUCCCUGUUAGGACUUGCCUCGAAGGGCAACAUCCAGGAGCACUUUGAGUGUUUUGACUGUCAUAAAACCUAUUUCACCUUUUCUGGCCUGGCCAAACACAGACAGCUCCAGUGUGAGUGGCCGUGUCAGAAAUACUUCAGCUGCAAGUACUGUGACAAGGAGUAUGUGAGCCUCGGCGCUCUGAAAAUGCAUAUCCGCACACAUACACUGCCCUGUGUGUGUAAGCUGUGUGGGAAAGCCUUCUCCAGGCCCUGGCUGCUUCAGGGACACAUACGCACACACACAGGUGAGAAGCCAUUCUCGUGUCCUCACUGCAGUCGGGCAUUUGCUGAUCGCUCUAACCUGCGUGCUCACCUGCAGACACACUCAGACGUUAAGAAGUAUCAGUGCAGGAGCUGCUCGAAGACAUUCUCCAGAAUCUCACUUCUAUCCAAACACGAGGAGGCUGGCUGUUGUCUGUCAUCCUGAUGGUCAAGCGUUACUUUUCUAUCAUCAUACCAUGACACUUGAGGCCCUGGUUUCUCUCAGGUCCACCGCUCCAUGCUGAUCUUUAUAUACAAGAGGAGACUAGGAGAAUGCACUGUACUAACUCAUUUUCGAGGCACUGUUGCUUUAAGAUUUGUGUGUUUGUUAGGGACUGAAUAAGUGUUUGUGCUAAGUUACUUGCAUGUAUUGUGAGGUCUACUUCAAAUUUUAGGACUCGUUUUGCGACUGUAUGAAAAGUCAGUGGCACUUGUACUGUUUUCUGUUAAAGAUUUUGUAUAAGCAACGUUUUUAAAAUAAAAAUUAUUUUCUUCA